GCCGGUGGCUGAAGGGGAGCGAUGGCCGGGGCAAGGGAGGAACGUGUAGCUGGCGGCCUCGGGUCUCGCGGAUCGUGGGAAGGAAGGGUCGGUAGACAAGGCCGGGUCCUUUCGGCGAGCGGAUGCGGAGGCAGAGAGGAUUGAAGCAAGAGAAGUAUUAAAUUUGUACCAGCAUCAAUAGAAUGAUGGUUUAGUAAUCUCUUAUCAAUCCAAAAGAACCCUGGACUCUAUCAGGAGAGCUGGAUCUAUCCUACUAUUCUGAUUCUAUUCUCCCUGAGAUGUAUUCCUGGUUUUGAGCAAUUCAUAUAAUCCUUCAGGACCCUUUUCCAACCUAUAAAAUAAGGGUAUUGAUAAUCAUCUGGAAGUUUCUUCAAGCAAUCACUAUGUCAACCAACACAGAUGUUUCUCUUUCUUCAUAUGAUGAAGAUCAGGGAUCUAAAUUUAUCCGAAAAGCUAAAGAAGCACCAUUUGUGCCUAUUGGAAUGGCAGGUUUUGCAGCAAUUGUUGCAUAUGGAUUAUACAAAUUAAAGAACAGGGGAAAUACUAAAAUGUCCAUUCACCUGAUUCACAUGCGUGUGGCAGCCCAAGGCUUUGUUGUAGGAGCGAUGACUCUGGGUAUGGGCUAUUCCAUGUAUAAGGAAUUCUGGGCAAAACCUAAACCUUAGAAGAAGAGAAGCUGUCUUGGUCUUGUUGGAAGUGCUUGUUUUUGUUAUGUUAAAGUUAUAUGUUUAUGUCAAAAAAUAAAUCCCUUGAGUGGGUUCAGGCUGUAAUACGGUAUUUUGAAUAAUGGCUUCUUUUCUUGCCCACUUGAUUUGCCUGGUUAUCAAAUUAUUAAUGACUUCAUUGACUGGAUCAUUCAGGGAAGUCAAGUUAUCACAAAAGAAACAUACACUGGAUAGUGUUACAACACUCACCUUCUUAAAUGCUUAUGACAGAAAUUACUUCUAAAGAAGACAAAAGGCCAGGCCUGAAUUACUCCCAGUUUACUACAGAAUAUCAUACACAUAUUUUGAAUGUUGGGUGGGAAUCCUACUUAACCCAGUUAAUUUAACUUUUUUCUACCUGCCUUGUGAACUGGUUUAAGAACUUCAGUUUUUUAGUGUUAGUUGGCUCUUAAAGAACUAUUUCAUAUUUCACAAAAUGUGAAAUAUAACUUGUAAAUCUUCCCACAACUGAAAGAGAGAGAAGAAGGGAGGGAGAGUGUGUGUGUUUUUAAACCAUACCUGGAAAGCUCACAACAGAACUGAUAGAAGUAGUAUUUAUUUCAGAAUCACACUUAUAAACAUAAUAAUUUAAUUAUUGGUUCCACUUUAGCUCUUUUAUAAUUGCAGAAUUAUAUUUUUGCUGUUGUAUUAGAAUAAUUUUUAAAUGUUAUCUUGAAAGAGAAAUAUGUAUUUUAAGUGCUAAUACAAAGGUAAAUUAAGAACGCCGUUUUAAUGUGUGCAGUAUAUUUAUUUUCUCUGUAUGAAUUGCAAGUGUUAAACAAAUUACCUAAAAUGGAAGUGAUUGCUGGUUUUGAGCAAGCUGGUCUGGUCAGACAUUAUACACAAGCUUUGGUAAACUACAGCAUUCUUUAGUAUACUUGUAAAUUUCCUUUGUCUAACCUGAACUUACAUUCCAUGGUAAUAACAUGGUAUAUGUGUUGUUAUUAAAAUAACGAACACAUCAAAUGUCUUGUAUCUGUUUGUUUGGAAAAAUAACUCAUUCUUCAGAGUAGCACAGAAAUCAGGUUCCAAGAAAAAACAAUGUUUUAUGCUUUUUGUAGGAAAUACCAUUUAAGAAUACCUAUGAAGUGGAAAUAAUAAAUAAUAUAUAUUGAA